AUGGCCUUGAUCUUAAGUGGGGGAUCCGACCUGACGGCAAGUUCAAGCCCAUCCGAACCUUGGUUUGGGGGCGUUUGGACUGUGAUCGGGGUAGCACUUUGUGGUGCUGUCCUGGUCGGUGCCAUCCUGGGUUGGAAACUUCACUCGUGGGUCAGCCAUUGGAAUUUGCGCACCCGAGGAUCGGCCGGCCACCCGAGCACGAUUGGCUGGCACCAGCUGGUCAGGCAAGUCCGCAAGGCCCAGUCUCGAGACAGGUGUCGUGGAGUGAAGGUCCGGUAUACCAUGGAUCCAACCGAAGAGGAACUCAAUAACCUCAACACCUUGGAGAAUGCAGCCGACUGGGCAGGCACGACAGGUGCGGUCCACGACCAUCUCAUGGGGAAGUUGGGCAAACCGUCCAAGCUGCGGGACCUGGUGUUCAUUGCCCGUCCUGCGUGGGAUACGGUGGUAGCCAGCCUCACGAUCAAAGAGCCUCAAGCUGAUGGUACGGAGGCCGAGCGAGACUUGACCCCUGUGGAAUUUUCACGGGUCGAGAUCUUUCGCCGGGUGGUAUUCCUGAGGCUCAAGGUCAAUCCAGAUGGACCUGGUGGUGCAGGCCCUCCACAGCCGAUUGUGGGAGCGGCCCCAUUCCCAGGCACUGGAGGAGGACAAGGUCCAUCAUCUCCGACAAGAAAGCUUAAACUGAGUAGCAUCGUAGAUCCCACACUCGAUGCAGAGAUCCUGCAAUUGGGCCAAGAAGAAAUUGCAGAGAUGUUCUCCAAGUACAAGUCCAAGUUCGGCGAUGUCCCGUCAGCAGACGUGGAACCCAGCGCUGAUCAAAUAUCAGCAAUCAAACAGAGUGUGUUCUCCUCCUACACCCUGAAUGCGGCGACUGGGGAGUGGUCGAAGAAAGAGAGCCCAGGUCCGGCUACUCUCCAACAAUGGGAGAAGAGCUUCAAGACCUACAAGGUGGCUAUGCUCUUGUUGGAGGCUGCAGAUGCCGAGAGACUGGAGGGCUACCUAGAACACAUAAAGGACCUCCAUGCGCAGUUCGGACAGGAAGCAUGGGGCAUCAUAUACCGUGCAGACGUCAGGAUGAGAAGUGAGUUCCAAGAGCGGAUCCGCAGAGCCCUGGAUGAGGACCCAAAGUAUGGGUACACUAGGGCCUCUCCAUGGAGCUCAGUCUUUGCGGCAACGGUCAGGGAGUCGGACUUUUGGUCCAAAGAAGUGGCGACGCCAGCCACGCUCCUUCUGGCCCGCAACAAACAGCUGGCACCUGAAGAGAGCAGCUCUCAAGAGGGUCGCCCACAGAAGCGCAAGUCUCGGCAGCCAGAAGGCACGCAGAAGAAGAAGGCCAAGCGCAAGUACACAGGUGAGGACAGAUCACGUUGGGACGCAGAACAGUCAAGGUAUUCCUUGAACCGAAAAGGGAUCCAGAUCUGCCAGAAGUACAACAGAGGCGCCUGCGGAAACGGGAAGCCGCAGUCACGAUGUGAGAACAAUCGUUCACAUCAAUGUGACAAGUCCCCUGGAGGCACUCAUCGGCCGGCGGUGAAGAGACCCAGGUUAGAAGCUGCCCCAAAAAGGGCGAACCCAGAGAAUGAAGCCGCUUCACACCACAAGAGGCCGAGGCAAGACAGAGACCGGAAGGCACCAAACCCAAGAGAGGAGGAAGAACCCGGAAGCUCAAGUGACUCCAGCUCAUCGUCCACAUCAUCAUCCACUACGGUACAAGCAGGGAGAGAGAAGAUCCCAUCAAUGCCGCUGUACGUGGACUACAAGUAUGGGGCCACCAACCUGGACCCGCAGCUGUGGGAUGACAGGCCCAGGGCCCUCCUGCUCUUCUCAGGGCGCCCGAGGGAUGGAGACCUUACCUCCUAUCUUCAUCACAUGGGAUGGAUAGUGGUGGUGGUCGACAAGCAGGGGCCGACUGCGGCGGACCUUCUGGACACGGAGGUGUGUCGCAAGAUCUUCGCGGAUAUCAGGGCUGGCGUCUUCGACGUAGUGGGCAUGGCUACACCUUGCGAAACGGUGUCCCCACUGAGGGAGAAUCCGCCGGGCCGGAGACCACUCAGGUCCCUACAACAUCCGGAUGGGCUGCCUCUCAAAAGCCUUUCCUCAGAGGAGAGAAAACAGCUCAAGGAGGCGAAUCAUCUCAUCGAAUUUUCCACACACGUGACGAGAGAAGUGAGGCGCAUCAGAGCCGCCUACUGGAUAGAAAAUCCAGACCACAAGGAGAAGCUCGACAUGUGGAAAACGAGCUGGUUCAAAGAGAUGACUGGUCACGCGCUGGUGGAAAAGGCGCUGUUCGACCAAUGCCAAUUUGGAGCAGAAACAACGAAGCCCACAAGGAUUCAGACGGACUCCCUUCCCCUUGGACAAAUCAAGGGGAGGAGGUGCAACCAUCCUCCGAAGGAAUGGACCAGACCAAACGGAGAGACCUACGUUUCACCACAUGAGUCCUUGGUCCAGAGGUGGAGGACAGUCAGAGGAGAAAAGGAGCGAGCAUCCAAAGCUCUGGGUGAGUACCCGCCAGCCUUGAACAAGGCCUUGGCAGAGGCGAUGGAGAAGGCGGACCUUCCCCGCGUGAUGAAGCAUCGCGAGGGGUCGGGCGCUCCCCUAGGCUUCACCGAACCCAUUCCUUGUACGGGCAUAUUCCCCGUGGUUAAGGAGGUUGAAUGGGAAGCUGAGGCAGCAGAACAAUUACAAAGGAGGCCGGUCAUUGGACGAAGACAGCUACAAAGUCUAGCAGGCGCGUUGUCCUUCGUGGCGGGAUUGGUCCCUCUCAUGAGACCUUUCUUGAACUCCCUGUGGGCUGCACUGGCAACGAAUGACGGUCCGAAGAAGACCAGAAAUGUUGUCCAUGUGCGCCGCAUUGGGAUAGCCUUACAGUGGAUAGACGCCUUGCUGGGAGAAAAGGAGGGGCCCGUAUAUGGGGCCGUCGACCCCGGGCAUCCCGAAGCAGCCGCACCAUUGGCACAGCCAGGUGUCAAGGCUUACGCUAGGGGCUCGUUAAACGACGCCAUAAGGCACGCAUCCACAGGUCCGGAAAGGUGUGCAGAACACAUCACAAAGAGAGCAAAGGCAGAUACAUCCAGAGGCCCCUACGAGUCAAGGAAAUCAACGUGGUCUGCCUUGGCCAGGGCGGCGGGUUUCUCAGACCCGUUCCGUCUUUCCCCGGACCUCAUCAACACGGUGAUGGGAGCGAUGGACAUGGCCGGCUAUAGAUCAGCAGAGCUAUACAUGGACACAGCCAAGCAGAUACACAUUGAGAGAGGACUGGAUUGGACAGCACAGCUUGCCCAGGCCUCUAGGCAAGCCAGAAGGGCGUGCCAAAGGGGCCGAGGGCCAGCCAAACAGGCGCAACCUUUGCCGAUGAUCGAGCUAGCGAAGCUGAAAGUUCACAAGGACCCAGCAGCUCCUGGAGGACCAAUUUUCCCGAUGAGGUCCGUCAUGUUGGCAUCAUGGUGGCUCCUUCGUGAAAUCGAGGCAAGCUCGGCAGAGAGGUCGCACAUCGAAAUCGACAAGGUCCAAAGACUUAUCCACUGGAAGCUUCCAUCCAGUAAGGCGGAUUGGCAGGCCCUGGGCGCAACUCGAACGCAUUCGUGUAAUUGCGAACAGAAUGCCCGGCAGCCAGAGUGUCCAUACCAUGCCAUGGUGGAGCACCUAGAGGCAGUGGGAGCUAUCAGCGAUCGCUGGGUUUUCCCAUCAGCCACAGGUGAGCAGUCAUCCAAAUGCGGAUGGGCCGACACCAUGCAAUGCAUGGCACAGCAGCUGAAUCUUCCUACUCACACAGCGCAAAAUUGUUCCCCGCCAGCCGCAGCAGUUUCCUUACGGAACCAGUCCGUGGACUGCCUUGCGGACUGCGAGGCUGCGGUGGAUAUUGCUCCGCAAUCGGAGCAGCCAGCUUCAGUGGAGUUUGUGAUUAACAGAUCUGCCUACGGCAAGAUCCACAAGGAACUUGCCAGUCCUGUAUCGGAAUCCCCGGGCACCGGCCGCUGCGAGCGGCGGCGGCUGGGGCGUGAUCCCUCCAGCGAAAACCUUUUCGUGGACCUGGGGGCGCGGCCCAGAUGUCCGCAAAGUGGCAAAUUCUUGCAGAACUUGAUCUACCACGGCAGCCAACUGGAGACCAUCAACGAAGCCGUUGGUUUGGCGCAGGUCACGGGGCGAGGGUCAAUGCUCAGCAGCAUUUUCACCUUGGUGGCCUCUGCCAUGGGCGCCGGCUGCCUCUCCUUGCCGCAUAUGUUCAGCAAGGUGGGCUUGGGCCUGGGGUUGUUGUUGCUGACCUGCGGGGCGGUCCUGGCUCACAUCUUUUUGGUGAUCCUGAUGAGCUGUGCCAGAUAUACCCAGAGCCGUUCCUUUGCAGAGCUCGUCUCGCAGUUGCAGGAGGAAAACCUGGACGGUCACGGUCCUGUGAGGGAUCUCUCGGUGGAUGUGGUCAUCACCCUCUAUGGGAUGGCGGCGGUGCUGAUCUACAUGAUGCUCAUUGGCGAUUUCAUGUCAGAUAUUGCGCGUUCGCCCUUGUUUAACCUGGAUGAGGUAUCGCGUCAUCGUGUGAUCAUGGCAUCGCUGUUGGUGGUUUUUCCGCUGUCCAUUCCCAGACAUGUCACUGCCCUGAGAUAUAUCUCCUUCCUCAGCAUCAGCGCAAUCGUCUUUCUGACGUUGGUGGUUGCGGCGAAGACCCCAGGGCACUGGAGAGACGCAGUGGAACUGGACCAACUGGACACGGCGAAGUACAGCCUUUGGACGGUCUUGCAGUCCUUUGCUAUGGCACUCUUCUCCUUCAAUGCCCACACCAAUGCAGUCCCGGUGGCCCUGUCGUUGGAUCAGCCAAGGGCGACGCGAAUUUGGUACGUUGCCCUAAGCUCUGUGUUGAUCGAGCUGGUGAUUUAUGCCACUAUUGCCACCAGUGGACUUCAUCCGGAACUAUCCCGCAGAGGACCGGUGGAUGCUGGUGGUGCGCUGUGUCUAUUCGGUGCCCAUCAUCUUUGGGGUUCCCAUGAACUUAGCACCGGCGGCAGCCUCCAUGCAGGCUUUGACCGGUCAUUUGAUGGAAAAGUUCUCGAGUUUCCGUCGUCAACGCAGCGACCCCUCCAACCCCUCCGCAGAAUCCGUGCAGUCUUGCUGCCAGCGCGUGUGCAUCGUCAGUUUUGUGUUGGUCUUUUGUGCCGCGGUGUCCAUCUACUGCGACGCCUUCGCGGAUGUCAUCGGACUCUUUGGCGCCUGCUUUGGAACGCUGAUCUGCCUCAUUUGGCCACUGAGGAUCUACUUGAAAGUCAUGAAGGCUUUACAUACAAAAGUGCUAGCCACGGUGAUUUCAGUGGCACUCUACUCCGCUGCGUUCUUGGGCAUGGCUGCCUUCAUUGA